GGGAGGCGGAGCAGGACGAAGCGGCCAGUUUCUGUAAGGGGCAGGGUUCGGUUGCUUCUGGUCGGUUUUGCUGACCUUUGUCCCCAGCCAUCUGAGUUUGCGCAUUGAGUACACAUCGUCAUUGCUUUACGUACUCACCAUAUUUCCAACCAGCGCCAGCAUGCAGCCGACAUGACCGUACCGUCGUCAUCGCCUCGACAUGUUCCUCAUUGCCGUCUCCCUCAUGUUGGGUGAUGUACAAGUAUACCGCUAUCUCCUUCGUCGAGAUCUGAGUCGUCGAGUCAUCGCCAUGAUUUGGACCCGGUCAGUGCCAGUAUACGUACGUAGUCGUCUUGGUCCAAACCAUCAUUCGUUGUGCACCCAUUAUCCAGUUUGUCCAUCCUCAGUUGAAGUGUUGAUUGGGCAGAAAGCGAGGAUGCGGACAGCGUUGGUUCUGCUAGUCUGGUGUUCGGCAACGGCCAGCCCAUUCGACCCUCACCGGAAGCCUCGCUUGUCGUCACAGUCUUUUUUCGAUGGCUGGUUCACCCGAGUAGUAGAUCACACGAAAGGGGUGUCAUUUGCUGUGGGUCGGUGUUUUUUCGGUUCGUUUCAGCCUGCUCACAGCUCCAUCUACAACGACAGUUGGGUGGCGCUUCUCUAUUCGGCUGCAGGAAGUACAGCCAUGGUAACAGAGCAACACUUUUUGGACCAGGCGGACGUACAGAUUACACCCCGAAGCAGUUCCACCCGGGCCGUUGUCUCGUCCUUCACUUGGGAGUCCUCGUUGGGUUCUCUUGUUGUAAACGACAGCAGUGCGAAGUUAAGCUUUCAGUUCAAGGCCUUGGGUGUCCGAGCCCAGUUGUCUCAUCGAUUGCCUUGGAGUAACGGUGCUCCAAAUUCAGCGGGGCCCGAGGGGUGGGUCGCUGAUCUGCCAUCCGAGCUCUUGCCCUGCCACUACUAUGUUCACAGUCUCGCAUCGAACGUGGAUUACACGCUGAAGCUCACCGAAGGCCAGGAAUCCUCGGAGGGAGUGGGCUUCGGGCACAUGGAGACAAACUACGGGACUGCAUUUCCAAGCGCUUGGAUAUGGGCUGAGGGCAUCAGCCCAACAGGACACGAGCAGCUGUUAUUGACAAGCGGCAAGUUUCCACCAGUGAAGGUCCAGUGUAUUGCAUACCGUUCCCUCCAGUUGGCUUGGGAUUUUCGAAGUGCGGAUCUCGAUUCUUUCAGGGUAAGUUUCGAUUCGACGGCUGGUUGGAUCCGUGUGGUUGCCAGGAGAAUAUUCCCUGAACGGGAGUUGCUUAUCAACAUGACAGCAGCACCAGGGUCUUUCUCGGACCCACUCUAUGUUCCUACAAGGAGUGGGUGGCGCAACAGUCCAGGGAGUGUGGAGUCGUACAGUGCACGUGCGUCUGUGGUUGCGUAUCAGGAUGGCCUCAAAGUCGAAUACUUGGAUCUUCCGUUGGCUGCCUUGGAAUUCGGAGGCAGUUACCGAAGCAAUGCCCGAGUUGCAGGAACGCAGAGAACCAGCGAGUUACUCGUGUGAUACGUCAUUCUGAGACACGCGCAGCCACUCGUGGACGUGACUUGUUUCAGCAGUUGGCAUGCCUGCGGUAGGUUCCAGGAGGCCAGUACUUGUAAGUGUUAGUUGUCUGCGGUAGGUUCCAGGAGGCCAGUACUUGUAAGUGUUAGUUGUCAGUUCCGAUGUGAGAGUACAAGGCGUGCAAGAUUUUGUCAACAAUUUUUGCCAGGGUCUGAGGUGUAUGUAGUUCCCGCCUCAGCUAGGUGCCGUGCAAGUGGUUUCAUGCUUCGGUGUACUUGGCCUCACAUGCAAGGAUACCUGUGGGACCGAGCGACCCUCUGAAAAUAGGUUUCAUCGCGCUCACAAGGUCAAGCAAACACAGCGCUGAGCUCGUCACCCGCAGCUCCCUUAUCUUCUCGCUCCUCCCUGGCGGCGAAUCUGCACAGCCGCGCCCGGACCCGCGGAAGGGCAGUCGUCCCCGAGGCGCGCCUGGCCGCAGCA